CCAGACUCUGUCAGGCUGGUGGGCGGGACUAGUCUGUGCUCAGGCAGACUGGAGGUGAAGUCUAACCAGAGGUGGUCCUCAGUGUGUGUAGCUGACUUUGACCAGCAGGAUGCGGAGGUGGUCUGUAGGGAGCUUGGCUGUGGGGCUCCUUCAGUCCUCCAGGGGGCGCUCUAUGGAAAAGUGGAGGCUCCGAUGUGGACCAAAGAGUUCCAGUGUGGAGGCCAUGAGUCUGCUCUCCUGGACUGUAGAAGCUCAGGCUCAGCUAGAAACACCUGUUCUCCUGGAAAAGCUGUUGGACUCACCUGCUCAGAGCCUGAUGAUGUCAGGUUGGUGGGAGGAGCCAGUCGCUGUGCAGGAACACUGGAGAUCAAACAAGGAGACUGGAGACCAGUGAGUGACUUAUUCUCUGACUGGACCCUGAAGACAGCAGCUGUUGUCUGUAGAGAGCUGGACUGUGGCUCUGCUGUUUCUGUAGGACAGAGAAAGGAGUCCUCAUACAGACCUCUGUGGUGGAUCAGGUCUGACUGUGUUCAGUUUGGAUCUUCUCUGAGGGAGUGUGCAGAAUCAUGUCUUGCUUCCACCAUACUGGAUCUCACCUGCUCAG